UAUCUGGUAACACUAAAACUACAGAAAUCAACACGGCAGCAAACGAAAUCAGUUAAUUUUCAGUUGAAUACUCAUUAAUUCACAAUGGACAAGGUCGUAAAGUUCGCCGAGCCUGGACGCGCCUUCGCCAAGGACUCUAUCCGCCUGGUGAAGCGCUGCACCAAGCCCGACCGGAAGGAGUUCCAAAAAAUCGCCAUUGCCACCGCCGUAGGCUUCUGCAUCAUGGGCUUUAUCGGUUUCUUCGUAAAACUGAUACACAUCCCCAUUAACAACAUCAUCGUGGGAUCCUAAAAAGCAACAGGUGCUCAACGGACCAGGAAGAACAGUACGAUAAUAAUACAAUGUAACUUACUUUGAAAUAAAAAGAUAUGUCGGAUUCUGUAUGCAUGUAUGUAACGUA